AGGACAGAUGGGACUAGAAAGUGUUGCAGUGAAGACUGUGGAAUGAGAUGAGCUCACAGCACCAGCCUGGCUUUUGUGAACCUGCACAAUGAUACCCGAGCCAGACUGGAUUAGGAAACCUCACGACUAGGUGUCCAGAGAGAGGCGUCCGGUUUCCAGGCACUUUGGGGAGAGAAGGUUGAAACGAUGCAUCAGAUUUACAGCUGCAGUGAUGAAAAUAUAGAAGUUUUCACCACCGUGAUUCCUUCCAAGGUGUCAAGUCCAGCCCGGAGAAGAGUCAAAAGUGCUCAACACCUCUUGACCAAGAAUGUGGUGAUCGAGUCGGACCUGUACACGCACCGGCCUCUGGAGCUGCUGCAGCAUCGCAGCGACCGCAGAGACGUGGGCGACAGCCUCAGGUUCAGCCGGCUGCAGAGCGCACGGCCGCCCGGAGCCCAUCCCGCCAAAACCCCCGCCAGACCUGGGGGGAUUUCUGAGCCCAAAGCAUCAAAUUUGUGUGGGAAUCGAGCAUAUGGAAAAUCUUUGGGGGAUGGGGCGGUGCCUCUCCAGGCCCCUCAGCACAUGUCCGGCCUGUCAGGUUCCCUCUCAGUUAGCAGCAUCAGUGGUGGCUGGAGGGGAAGUCAGCACAGAUCCAGGCAUCUCAAGAAGAUGGCUGAAGAGUAUCCAGCCCUUCCCCAAGGAGCAGAAGCCUCCCUACCACUGACAGGCAGUGCUUCCUGCGGGGUCCCCAACAUCCUCCGGAAAAUGUGGACGAGGCACAAGAAGAAGUCUGAAUACGUGGGAGCCACCAACAGCGCCUUUGAGGCUGACUAAUGGUGACUCUCCUCAGGAGCCCCGCAUUGGCUGAGGUUCACCGGACACGGGCAGAAAGCUCCAAGACUGGAACUGAGCCACAUUUACCUCUGCUAGUAGCUGUCCAAACGCGUCAUUCUCUCUCACUAACCGAUCAUCCUGGCCUAGGGCAUGGGAGAGAACGUCCCUGGAAGGCAAAAUAAACCUGUUCCUUCCUAGAACCCUCGAAGCCAUUGGUCUGAAAGUGACUUUGGAAGGCUAUAAAGUUUAUAUGCCUAUCUUUAAGCAAAAACCACACCAAAAUCAAAUUUUCCCAGCCCAUUUAAAAGACCUCCAAGAAAGAAAGAAGGCGAGCCGUCUGUCUUCCGUUAUUCUAAUGUGUGUGAUUUUUGGUGUAAAUAUAAGAGCUUGACCUUUGAGGCACUUAUAAAUACAAUGGCUCUUACUAUUCCCAUUAUCACAUUUAUUUUACCUUUAAGAGGUAAGAUUUUUAAGGGCGAAGCACUAUAUAUUUACUUAGUAGUUCUAAUAUCCACUUGAGAGUAUUGUCAAGAUCAGUUUUGAUGAUCAGUUGGCAUGAUUGCAUGAAUUCUCUAUUCUUUUAUGUGCAGUUUUUCUACAGAAAAACAUUAAAAAUUAGAUGUUAAAUGCUAA